AUGAUCGCGUUUGUAACUCACGCGGGUAUGAACAGUGUUAUUGAAACGGUGACCAGGGGUGUACCAAUGAUAACAAUUCCAUUAUUUGCCGAACAGAAGCGUAACGCAGCAAUGGUAAGAAGAGCACGUAUUGGGAUAACCAUUUCAGCUGCCGAUUUUGCCAAUCCUGAGAAUUUUGCGGCAUUGUUAUCAACUAUUCUCAAGGAUACAAGGUACCAUUAUCAGCUUAUGACUCAAUAA